AUGGCAGGUUCGCACACCAUAGGCUUCUCCAGGUGCACGUCAUUUCGAGGCCGGAUCUACAAUGACUCUAAUAUUGACUCCGCCUUUGUCAAGUCGUUGCAGCGCAUUUGCCCAAGAAGUGGAAAUGACAGUUUGCUUGCACCCCUUGACCUCCGAACCCCAACCUUUUUCGAUAAUUCGUACUAUAGGAACUUGUUGAACAAGAAGGGCCUGCUUCACUCAGAUCAAGAAUUCUUCAAUGGUAGCUCUGCUGACCUUCUUGUCAAAACAUAUGCCCGCAACCCUUUCACAUUUUUCAAUGACUUUGCCAAAGCUAUGGUCAAAAUGAGCAGCAUUAGGCCCGUCACAGGAAAUCGAGGAGAGAUACGAAAGAAUUGUAGACAAGCCAACUGA